AUGCAUCCACCCCGCCCCACCCACCUUCACUCUCGUUUCGUCUGUUGCAGGGAGCUCGACGAAGAGUUCACGAUCCAUACCAGAGCUACUCUGGCUGUGGCGCAGUACUACCACAGCGUGGACCAGGAGCGCGACUACAUCUGCUCGACGCCCAAGGACUCGGGCAUGCACCUCUGCCGGGACCUGCCGCCGCUCGUGCUCGACAGCGGGCUGGUCUGCAACGCGACGGCGCUGCCCAACAGCCCCAACGAGCCCACCAACGCCUCCUGCGUCAACUGGAACCAGUACUACACCGAGUGCCUGCCCUCGCCCUACAACCCCUUCCAGGGCACCAUCUCCUUCGACAACAUCGGCCUCGCCUGGGUCGCCAUCUUCCUCGUCAUCAGUCUUGAAGGCUGGACGGAUAUUAUGUAUUAUGUACAGGAUGCCCAUUCGUUUUGGGACUGGAUAUAUUUCGUAUUGCUCAUUGUGAUCGGAUCGUUCUUCAUGAUCAACCUGUGCCUGGUCGUCAUCGCGACGCAGUUCUCGGAGACGAAGAAGCGCGAGAUGGAGCGCAUGCGCCUGGAGCGGGAGCGCUUCCGGUCCAGCAGCACGCUCGCCUCCAGCACCAACAACUCCGAGCCCACAUCCUGCUAUGCAGAGAUCGUCAAGUACGUGGCGCACCUGUGGCGGCGCGGCAAGCGGCGUCUGAUGAAGAAGUGGCGGGUUUGGCGCUACCGCCGGCAACAGCGCCGCCAGGCCAAGGCGGGCGCCAUCUCCCUGCAGCACUGCGGCAACAACGGCGCUGGCAUGCUGCGAGCCCACGCGCACCACCACCACCACCACCACCACCACCACAGGCACGGGCACGGGCACGGCCACCACCACAGCAACCACCACCACGGGCACCGCGGCCACCACUCGCACCACCACCACCACCAUCAUCACCACCAUCACCUGCUGCGCGUCUCCUCCGCCACCAACGGUUGGGACUCCGCCUCCGUCGCGGGCGACGCGACGCCGGGCCUGCUGUCGCCGCCGGGCGGCCCGCGGCGGCGCUCCAGCGUCAUGUUCAGCGAGGUGGUGCUGCUGCACGGUGGCGCCGGCGCCGGCCCCGGAGGCGCCGCGGGCGCGGGCGGCGCCGCGCGCAACGUCUGCUCCAGCGAGAAGAUGACGCAGACCGGCGACGGCAACGUCUGGACGCCCGCCGCGCCGCAGCCGCCGCCGCUGCGACAGAGCGCGUGCGGCGCCGCGUCCGAGGCGAUGACGUGCCAGGAGCUGCUGGCGCUGUCCGGCGCGCUCAGCGCAGCCCUGCCCACGGGACAGCUCGCGCUCGACUCCUUCUUCUCGUCGCUCAGCAAGGGACCAGGAGGGGGCGAGCCGCUGUGCUGCCAGGAGGCGGGGUGCUGGGAGCUGGAGCUGGAGUCUGGGCUGUCGGAGGGCGCCUGCUGCGCCGAGCAGCCGUGGGCGGCCAUGCUGGAGGACAAGGCGGCGGCGGCGGCGGGCGCGGGGCUGCGCUGGGUGCGCCGCGGCGUGCGCGCCCUCGUCACGCACAAGUACUUCCAGCAGGGCAUCCUCUUCGCCAUCCUCAUCAACACGCUCAGCAUGGGCAUCGAGUACCACGACCAGCCCGAAGAACUGACCGUGACGGUGGAGAUCAGUAACAUCGUGUUCUCCGCCAUUUUCGCCGUCGAGAUGAUGCUCAAGAUAAUCGCCGAAGGGCCGUUCGGCUACAUCAGCAACGGCUUCAACGUCUUCGACGGAGUAAUCGUGGUACUCAGCGUGAUCGAGAUGUGCCAGACGUACCUGGGAGAGGGUGAGGGCAGCUCGGGACUGAGCGUGCUGCGCACCUUCCGGCUGCUGCGCAUCCUCAAGCUGGUGCGCUUCAUGCCCAACCUUCGCCGCCAGCUGUUCGUCAUGCUGCGCACCAUGGACAACGUCGCCGUCUUCUUCUCGCUACUCAUCCUCUUCAUCUUCAUCUUCAGUAUCUUAGGAAUGUACCUGUUUGGUGGUAAGUUUUGCAUGCUCUCAGACGGAUCCAGAAGAUGUACUUGUCACGAAAUCAUCACGAGGCACCCGAACUGUGUCUGUGAUAGGAAACACUUUAACAAUAUUCUCUGGGCAACAGUCACAGUUUUCCAGAUCCUGACGCAGGAAGAUUGGAACGUGGUGUUGUUCAACGGCAUGGAGAAGACGACGCACUGGGCAGCCCUGUACUUCGUGGCUCUUAUGACGUUCGGCAACUACGUGCUCUUCAACCUGCUGGUCGCCAUCCUCGUCGAAGGCUUCUCCGCAGAGCGCAACGAACGGCGGGAGCGAGAGCAGCGGGAGCUGGCCAAGCAGCAGCAGCUGAAGAACGAGCAGAUGCACCGCGAGGCGCAGCUGGCCGCCUCCAGCUACGAGUGCUCGCGCACCGACUCCAGCUCUGACACCACAGACUCCUACUUCGCCACGCAGGGCAUGACGAACGAGUGGCGCAGCGCGGAGGAGCUGAGGAAGUCGAAGCACAACGGCCACCGCGAGAAAGAGAACAGCUGCCACCGGCGCCGACACCUGCUGCACGACUGCGAGCCCAAGUGCAACAUCCAGAAAGAGAGCAAGAUGCUGUCGCAGCCGCCCAUCAUCACGCACACGGCGGCGACGCCCCAGGACUCGCCCAACACGACGAUGGACCCGGGCAUGCGCGACUGCCGUCUGGCGCCGGUGCUCGCCCUGCACGGCUCCUCCAUGUCGCUCGAGUCCAUCGAUCGCUCUCUGACAUCCGAGCAAAGUGUGCCUGGCCUGCUGAAGCCACCCAACACCAAAUUCAGCGGCAACGGCGCCAGCGGUCCCGGCGGCAGCAGCUACAACAACCACGGCAACAACCACAACAACAACGGCCACCAGCUGCAUCAGGGCCGGCGCGUCAGCUUGGUGGCCAUUGUCAGCUCCCGGCGGGAAUCAACGGCUUCCAGCACCAGUGGGAGCCGCGGCUGCCCCUGGAAGCUGUCCCGGCCGUCGCUGCGCAGGAGGGCUUCGCGACGUUCCUCAGACGCCGACGACGCGUCCGCCGAAGCAGACGCCGAUGCCUCACCGCCCGUCCUCAACAAUGGCCUCAACAAUCAUAACCACCUGGCCAGCCCCACUGACAGGACGAGCCAUCGGAGCUGCAGCCAGUGCGGGGAGCACGCGCACGCUCACUGCAACGGCGGGCUGGUGGGCAGCAUCCGCAACGACACGGGCAGCGGGGGCGGCGGGGGCGGCGGCGGCAACGGCGCGAGCCGCCAGCUCAGCCCGCAGGGCUCGCUGCGGGGACACGCCUCCUACUGCCCGCUGCCGCAGGUGUCGACGCCGGCUGGAGUGUCGAGGCACGGCUCGCUGGUGUCGUCGCCUGGGUCGGCGACGUCGGCGGCGGCGGCGGCGUCGGCAGCUGGUGCGGCGUCGUGCCACAGGCCGCUGUCCCCGCAGGCGUCGCUCGUCUCCUGCAGGGCCGACGACGAGCUGCCGCAGCCCAAUCGGACGUCGCCCCACGGCUCGCUCAGCUCGGGCUCCGCCGAAGGCGCAACGCCCACACCGCCGGAGGCCAUCAAGAAAAUCUUCAUGUUCUUCGAGCCCCGCGGCUGCCUGAAAGAGCGCGACGACUAUUCGCUCUACAUGUUCCCUCCGCGCAACAGAUUCCGGUUGCUCUGUUGCUGGUUCGUGGAGCAGAAGUGGUUUGACAAUGUGGUGUUGCUCUUCAUUGGGCUCAACUGCAUCACGCUGGCCAUGGAGCGGCCCAACAUCCCUCCAGACAGUCCAGAGCGUUUGUUCCUCUCCACUGCCAACUAUGUGUUCACUGCUGUCUUUGCUAUUGAAAUGUUCGUCAAGGUUAUUGCUACAGGUAUGAUUUAUGGCCGAGAUGCAUACUUCACGUCUGGUUGGAACAUUAUGGAUGGUUCACUUGUUAUAAUAUCGAUCAUAGAUCUAUUGAUGUCACUCGUCUCUGAAUCCAGCCCUCGCAUCUUUGGCAUUCUCCGUGUUUUUCGGCUGCUGCGUUCCCUUCGCCCGUUGCGUGUUAUCAACCGUGCCCCAGGACUUAAACUUGUUGUACAAACACUUUUGUCUUCACUACGUCCCAUUGGAAAUAUUGUGCUUAUAUGCUGCACAUUCUUCAUUAUUUUUGGUAUUUUAGGAGUGCAGUUAUUUAAAGGUACAUUUUACUACUGUGAGGGGGCAGAUAUAAAGAAUGUUCGCAACAAAACAGACUGCCUGAAGGACAGAAACAAUCGAUGGGUUAACCGUAAAUACAAUUUUGAUGACUUGGGAAAGGCACUCAUGUCUCUGUUUGUCCUCUCAUCACGAGAUGGAUGGGUAAACAUCAUGUACACUGGUCUUGAUGCUGUGGGAGUAGAUCAACAACCAAUUGAAAACUAUUCAGAAUGGCGACUACUCUAUUUCAUCGCAUUCAUCUUGCUUGUUGGAUUCUUUGUCCUUAACAUGUUUGUUGGUGUUGUGGUGGAAAACUUCCAUAGAUGUAGAGAAGAGCAAGAAAAAGAAGAGCGUGUCAGGAGAGCAGCUAAAAGAGCAAAACAAAUGGAGAAGAAAAGGAGAAAGAUGCAUGAGCCGCCAUAUUACACUAACUAUACACAUUCACGGCUGAUGAUUCACAAUGUUGUGACAUCUAAAUAUUUUGACUUGGCUAUUGCUGCAGUAAUUGGCCUGAAUGUGGUAACUAUGGCUUUGGAAUUCUACAAGAUGCCUAAGCCUUUGGAGUAUGCAUUAAAAAUUUUCAAUUAUUUCUUCACGGCUGUGUUCAUUUUGGAAGCUGUUAUGAAACUUGUAGCUCUGGGUUUCCUAUUGUAUUUUAAAGAUAGGUGGAAUCAGCUGGAUGUUAUUAUAGUAAUAUUAUCUAUUGUUGGAAUUGUGCUAGAAGAAGUUGAAUCAAAAUUUAUUCCUAUAAAUCCAACAAUUAUAAGAGUGAUGAGGGUCCUCAGGAUAGCAAGAGUGCUCAAACUGCUAAAGAUGGCUAAAGGAAUACGGGCCCUGCUAGACACAGUAAUGCAGGCUCUACCACAGGUUGGGAACCUAGGGCUGUUAUUUUUCUUGCUGUUCUUCAUUUUUGCAGCACUUGGUGUUGAGUUAUUUGGGCGCCUAGAAUGCAGUGAAAAGAGACCGUGCCAGGGACUGGGUGAACAUGCACACUUUAGUAACUUCGGCAUGGCAUUUCUCACUCUGUUCCGUGUAGCUACAGGAGACAACUGGAAUGGAAUAAUGAAAGACACAUUACGUGAAGACUGUGACAAUUCAGCUGAUUGUGUCAGAAACUGCUGUGUUUCGACAGUGAUAGCACCCAUCUUCUUUGUUAUAUUUGUUCUUAUGGCACAGUUUGUGCUUGUGAAUGUUGUCGUUGCUGUGCUAAUGAAACAUCUGGAAGAAUCACACAAACAGAUGGAAGAUGAAUUGGACAUGGAAGUGGAGUUAGAACGAGAACUUGCAGCAGAGCAAGAAGAACUACUGGAGGAAGAGCAGCAAGAGGAACUACAGCGUGUUCUAGAAAUGGAACUUGCAAUGUCACACCAACAACAGCAGCAGCAACAACAACAAGAGAUUCAGUUGCAGCAAGCCCAUCCCACUCUCACUAGAGGUCGCUCUCUGCCAGCAGACUUCAUGUUCACAUCUCUUGAUUCUGCAGCAGAAACAGAUGAAGGAGUACGUGGUAUGAAUGAGAGGCGCAGAGAUUCCACUGAGCUUCGCAGCAGACGUGGAGCACAUAAUCGACGCCGGCAGACUUUUCAUUCUCAUCAGGGGCCUCUUCUGCCUCCCAGCAUUCCUCCUGCAUAUCCUGCAACUGAAUAUACAGCUGUCUACAAAGCUGCCAGUGACAUCAAUACUGAUACAGUUGAGGAAAAUGCUGAAGAAGAAUCGCCAAACUGGCUGCUGCCUCAGGUGAAAGAGAAAGCACCAAUACAAAGAACUGCAAGUGACCCACAUGAGGGGAGUAGAGGUCUGCUGGCAGUGCCUGGCUUGCGACGUAGUGAUCUGGGCAGCACACAACGUCUAGAGCUCCUGGUUGGCACCCAGCCGAGGAGAACUGACUGGGCAGAUCCAGAGUCCGUGACUCCAUCUGAUGAUAUUUCCCCUGACUGUGUAUCUCCAACAGCUACACUAAUACCCCCACCUUAUCGUGCAGCCACAGCAGAACAGUCUACUCUACAAGCCCCUGUUUUAGACAGAACUAUGGCUGGUCCACGGUUUUUAACUCCCUCUUUGACUUUAGUAACAGCUCAUGAUCUAAACAGAAGUGGCAGUAUGACUAGCAGCUUAAGAAGUGAAAACGUUUGUGAAUUAGCAACUGCUAUUCAGUCCCCACCAGCACUGUUAACAGAAAAGGCAGUGCAUACUCACUUUCAGUCCUCAUCAAAAGGUGAACAUGCAGAUGAUAGUCUUUCAAGUGAUGCCUCCAGUUUAGAAUUAACAAAUGUUACACCACUGUUUGUUACACACAGUGAAAUUACGGUAUCAGUUCCAAGUUCUUCAUCCUCAUCACACAGUGGGAGAAAAUCUCCAUCUACCUCCAGACCGGUCAUUGUAGGUGAAGUUACUGACAGAAUCAUUGUAGAUUGUGACAGUGUGGACAGUGAAAAGGAAAAUGUUUGUAAAAUAGAUAUAGACACAAGAGAGUGCAAAGCAGAUAAGGAAUGUGAUGAUACGUGUGACCUUUUCCAAGUUUCAUUUGAGGUGGAUGACAGUGCUACCGAACCAAUUUACAGAAGCCUCAUUUCAGAAGACAGUAAAAGUGCUGGACACAGCAGUGAACCGAGAACAAUAUCCAAAUGACUUAUGCAGUAAACAUUCUGGUCAAAAACUUAAUUAUGUAUUUAAUACUUUUGUUCAUAAUAAAUUUAGUUCAUAGUUUGUUACUGAAGUUUGAUUAAUUUCUUUUUAAUGGCUAACAGACACAUAUCAUAGUUGAUGUGAGUAAUAACAGUCACAUAGGAUGACAAUAGUAUCUGAGAGAAAAUGGAGGUACAUAGACUAUUCGCUGUUAAAAUUAGGUGAAAUCAGUACCUGUCAUUUUAAAAAGGGAGGUGCAUAAAAAUAGAAACAACAUUAAAUAGAUGUUCUGCUAAGAAAGAGAUUACCAAAUUAAACAACAAGCAUAUAGUACUCUCUUCUAAAACUUGGUUAUUUUAGUUUAAAAGAGUACUGAAAUAAAAGGAUCCUGAAAUGUUGCAAAAAUGUGUCAAAUAUUUUUAUUUUAACUUUUCUAUUUUCUCUUACUUCUAACUAUUAAAACUCUCAUCAUCCAUAAUUAGCACCUCUUUGUAAAUUUCUGACAAUGAGAAAUUGCAUAAACAAAACUUGAAAUUUAGUUAAAAUCAGAAAUGCCAGCAGGUUCUGUUACUUCCCAUGUCUAGCACAUUGUGCCUGCAAUGUUUGAAAGAAAUGCUCCAGUACACAGGAACAGGCAUGGGAACAUAAUUAGAACCUGUGACACAGGUGCCAAUAUGAUUUUAGUGACACAAGAAUUGUGUCUUCAUUAAGUUUUUCAUACCUGUGGCAACGGGGUCUCUUCCUUUCUCCAUAAAAGUGUCAUUAGUAACAUUAUUUUAAUUAUAAAUCAAGAAAAUGACAUUUUUAUCCUAAUUCAUGUUUAAAAAGAUUUUUGUAUGAUCAUUCAAGUUUCAAAAAGAUUUAGUAAUGUUAGUACAUCAAAUUCAAUUUUUGUAAGCAUAAAGUUUUUUAAAAAAGGUUUUGUGUUAUUUAUAUCAAAAGUCUAAUGCUGUUCAGCUAAAAUUAUGUUUCAUUUAUGAAAGGAAAACUGUUCAAAA